AUGAGAAAGUUUGCCGUCACAUUAAUGAUCAGCGCAUUCGUCGCUAUUGGCUCAGCUGCUGAGCUUUGGGAAAAGAGUGGUACUAACUACGAGUCUCUUACUGCUGCUGAGAAGUAAGCGCAGCUUUGGGAACAAGUUACUUCCAACCCAAAAUCUAAUGAUUGGUUCCCUGCUUACGAGCUUGGUGGUCUCUUUGUUGAGGGCAUGUCAUCAACUCUUAAAUGGGUCGGAGAUACUUUUGAAAACGGAUGGCUCGGAGUUAGAAGCAAGUACAUCCACACUGUAGGUAAUACCGCUCAAGUCAAAUACACCCCAGUAUCAAACAGCGAGGGAUACACAGGUAUUUUCGCCAGCGGUGCUGAUCACGGUUUGAUCAGACUCUCAGCUGCCAAGUAAUUCGAUAAGACCAAGUCAACAGCUGCUGAAGCCUAUGAUAACUUCACCCCAGGAUUCGGACUUAAGUUCCUCAGAGAUGGAGUACCAUCUGGAAACUUGGUUGCUAUGUACGGUGUCAAUGGAUUUGACUCAUGGAACUUCUUUAAAAUGGAUUUCUCCAAUCACAUCCCAGACGCCUAAGGACUUGCACUUACUCUAGUCGCCAAGAAAUUCGCAACUGCUACUCCAUUCGUUCAAUACGUAGGUCUUUCAGACAUUGCCACCUAUGACCAACACGGUAAAAAGACCGAUUCUCCAAAGUUCCCCUUCCAACUAGUAUUCGAGCCAACUCUUAAAAACAAAUUCUCAGAUGACUUCACAGAAGACUUCCAAGACCAACUUGCCAGUAUUCCAGCAAAUACCCUCCUCUACAAGGUAUACUCCCUUGCUACACCAAGCUCUUCCAAGGUCCACAUUGGAGAUCUCACCAUCAAGUCCCAACUCGUAAGAUCUUACUUCGGUGACAGAUACCUUUUCUUCAAGCAUCAAGAUAUCCAAGAAGAUCUCGUCUUCAAGCCAGAAUGGAAAUCUGAUCUCAAAGUCCACUCAUCAAGAUGCCCAUUCUCAAUGGUCAAGGAGGCUGCUAAGGAACUCGCCAAGACUGUUCUUAAGCUCUGA